AAAAAAGUCAGUGCACGCCCUAUAGCCCACAAAUUUAAAAGAGUUUGUUUGUUGCUAGUUGGCGUUCCAAAGAUGGACGCCCGCCUUCAAGGGAACUCUUCUCCAGACAGACCAGUUAUACCGCAGUGCAGGCGUUCUCCCAUCAGUAUCAGUCAUAUAACCAGUCCAACGCACCUAGGACCAAAACAAAACAACCAAAAACACCUAGGAUUAAAACAAAACCAUCCAAUAACGCCUAGACCAAAAGAUAUGAGCAAUGAGGCCAUACACUGUUGAAACAUGUUCAACAGUGAUGUGUCAACUAGCCAUAUUACAGAUAACUAAGCUAAUAGCACACACUAUGAAAGCUUCAUUUGAAGAAAGGGCCAUAAACUUCGCCACAGACGCACUAUCUACUGACUUUUUGGGAACUGUCCGAAGGACCCUCUACUUUGUGUGGAUAGCGGGAUUAGAGUGGGCUCCAGAUUUUGUCAGGAAAGGGUCUGAUAAGCUCCAUAGUGAGACGUUCGCGAAGAACCUGGACAUAUACAACCAAGGCAUCUUGUGUACCGAGUAAGCUUUUUUAAAAAAACUUACCAAAAGACCAUGAGAUCAAGAGAUCAAAAGAUCAAAUGAGUAGUUUGAGAAAAAGAAGAAGAAAAAACGAU